CGUCUCGGCCACUCGGCAAUGCUCGGGGUCUGGAUAACGCUGUUUAGCGAUUUGAGUUGACACUUGAUAGUAAUCGUAUAGAGUUUUAGAAUAACGAAAAUAAGUGAAAAAGUGAGGGAUGCGGUGGUAGGUGAAACGUGACGAGUGUAACUGGAGUUUUGUUGUGUUGAAAAAUGCCCGUAUAUCCUGGCCUGUGAGAAUACAGUUAAAUGGUGACAGAACGAGAUAGGAGCCCGGCCUCAUAGACGGACGCCAUGUUACGAAGCCAAGCCCCGACAAUGAAGAUAUCCUCCCUCUUCGUUUGUUUCGUAUUAGCUUACACCAGCUCCGAAGAUCCUGGGAAAUUGAUAUCUUCAAACUUACUAAACGAACUUCAGGAAACAACAUCACCGAUUAAUAUAACAGUUUCUCAACGAGAGGAAUAUAUCUUAGCAGAAACAACGCCGUCCUUGACUUGCAAAUCGAAGGUGCAGGGAUACACUUGGUGGACAAAAGAUGGAGGGAACUUGACAUUGCCGCAAAAUUCAUCAGAUGAAAGCGUGUGGGAAAUAAAAAGGGCCAGCAGAAACAAUACUGGAAAUUAUACAUGUGUCGUUGCAACUCUGACAGGGGAAGUUUUCAAUGAGACUAGAUACAUAAGAGUAAUAGAGCCUGCCAAGAUAACGGGAGGACAACCGGUACGUGUUAAAACAGGCGAACCGGCGGUACUUUCGUGUAACGUCGAAGGAUAUCCACUGUCAAAUUUCACUUGGGUGAAGAUCAGCGGCGAUGAGAUAGACAAAAAUAUGUCCACUGGGGAUGUCGAGUGGAAUGAAACAUACCGCAAAAUGAUCAUUAACUUCACCAAAGUUAGCUUGAAACAUAACGGCACUUACGAGUGUAAUGCAAAAGGCGCUGAACCUGAUAAUUUUGUUAGGAACGAGACAUCGCUGACGGUGACCGAUGUUCCUCAUGUUCAUAUAAACACUGUAAAAGCAGUUGGUGCCCACAGAGUGUUUUUGAAUUGGACCGUACACGACCGAAAUGAUCCUGUGAAAAAAUAUACACUUUUAUACAAGAAGAAUGACAGUUCACCCUGGCUUUACAACACAGAACCUAUUGACGGGGGUAAGACUAGCUAUGUUCUUACAAAUCUGGAUAACAACACCGACUACCUGUUCAAGAUUCAAGCCACUAAUUCGAUCGGAUCUUCGCCUAUAUAUGAAUAUGCGGGCUUGGUUAGAACAUUGGAAGAAGAUCCUGUAUUCAUUCCGAACGUCGUGAGCCAGGGGGUGACUUCCGAUUCUAUACAGAUUACCUGGGAUCCGCCCGGAAAAGAGUUGGAAGAUCAUUUCCAUUAUUACAAACUGAUUUCAAUUCGUCUCACUGACAAUAUCAGAGAAGAAGCAUGUUUAUGGAAUCAAACGAAUAAGUUUGUAUUCUCAGAUCUUGUUCCUUGGACUAAUUACACAUUUUCGGUAGUCGCCUGCAACACGUACACAGAUGAAUGUGGGAACUGGAGUACCCCACUGCGAGUCGAGACACAAGACGGAGUACCUAGUCCACCACGGAACGUCUCUGUGAUGUGCGAAUACAGCAACAUCAGUAAUACAGGUGUCGUUUACGUGACGUGGGCGUCCCCAGUCGAACCAAAUGGUGUGAUAACGCGAUACAGUGUACAAAUUAACGGCUCAGCUUGCUAUAAAAACGAUUCAGGCAUUAUGGGCUGUUAUAAUGUGGACUCAACAACCACAACCAUAGAUGGGUCGAAAAAUAAGACAUGCAAAUUUGAGCACCGCCUAGCAAAUACUAAUUACACGGUUUCUGUGAAUGCUGAAACUAAAUUUGGCAAAAUUCGGCCAGGCAAAUUGGCCAGCAAUAAUUGUUCAAUGCCUAUAGCAGCUCCGAGCGUAGAUAGCAUGAACGUGGCGAGUUGGGAGAAAUAUGUAAAUGGACACCAAAACAUGUUCCUGCUUAAAUUGCGAAGAAUAUCUGAACGUAACGGACCGAUAUGCUGCUACAGAAUAUUUAUCGUUAAGCUUGCUCUUAAUCAGAAACUCAGAGAUUUGCCCGACCCAAGAAACGUUGAUGUUGAUACCUAUCAAAAAGUCUACACGUCUAAUUCGGGCGGCGUUUAUCUGGCCGACAUGUUCGAUUCGGACAAUAUACGCAGUCCCAUUGUUAUCGGCAAUGAUGAAAUUUCGAACGGAAACGAGAACUGCCGUUAUUGUGUCGGACUGAAGCCGAAAACUUUUCAGUCUGUAUUGAAUCUAGCCAAUCAGCCGCCGUCUACAGAUGCCGAAAAUAUUACAAGCAACACGGAUGAUCCCGCGAUAAGCGACGCAUUGACAACUUUGCGGAGACGAAGAAAGAAUGUUCCGAGUAUAAGCUUUAGCUACAAUGGAGAGACGUAUAUACCCGAGGAUGGUCCCUUGGACAAGGAAUCAAAUUACACUGCAUUUAUCGAAGUUAUAGUUAACGGUAGUAAUCCUGGAGAAUUUUUUCCCGCCUACAGCAACUACCUGAAUCCACAAUUAGUCGGAUCGAAUUAUCCCAUACACGAACCGCCGGAGAACCUUGGACUGAUGAUGCAGAUUUGCGUCGCCUUGUUGAUAAUUGUUGUUAUUAUCCUGAUGGGCAUGUGUGUAUUGCACAAAUAUUUGAAACACGCGCGUCAAGGUGGGGAGGAAAUAAUCAGUCUGAGAAACAGUUUCAGGCAUCUAUGUAGAACUCUGAGAGGAAGGCACCAGCUAGUAGCGUCAAACCCGCCGGACAUGCCACCGAUAUCACGAGCCGAUCUUCUUCAGGCUUACAUAGACCGCCACCGCGAUUCGGACUAUGGUUUUCAGCACGAAUUUGAGCUGCUCCCAGACAGGUUCGCAGACCGUACAACGCGGGCUUCGGAGGCUCGUGAGAAUCUAUACAAAAACCGCUAUCCGGACAUAAAGUGUUACGACCAAACGCGGGUGCGUUUAGUACAGGUUGAUGGUAUCUGCGGGUCAGAUUACAUCAACGCGAACUUUGUUCUCGGCUAUAAAGAACGAAAGAAGUUCAUCUGCGCCCAGGGGCCGAUGGAAAACACCGUUUGUGACUACUGGAGAAUGAUAUGGGAGCAGCACCUGGAGCUCGUUCUAAUGCUGACGAAUCUCGAGGAGUACUCGAAGACAAAGUGCGCCAAGUACUGGCCGGACAAAAGCGAGUCAAGAAGCUUUGGCGACAUUACCGUCGAGCACGUCAGGGAGAGACCGUAUUCCGACUAUGUCGUGAGAGAGUUGAAAAUGACACGAACGGGGGAAAGAGACUCGAGGAUAAUAAUUCAGUAUCACUUUUUGGUCUGGAAAGACUUCAUGGCACCUGAACACCCCCACGCCAUUCUCAGGUUCAUCAAGAGGGUCAACGAGGCUUAUUCUCUGGAAAAGGGUCCGAUCCUGGUACAUUGCAGUGCUGGCGUUGGGAGGACCGGGACUCUCGUUGCAUUGGACUCGCUGCUGCAACAGCUCGCCGACGAGGGACAAGUGUCGAUAUUCAACACGGUCUGCGACCUCAGACAUCAGAGGAACUUCUUGGUUCAGUCCCUUAAACAGUACAUAUUCGUCUAUCGGGCGCUUAUGGAAAUGGCGCAGUUCGGCGACACUGAAAUACCUGCCACCCAGCUCAAAAGUCACGUUGAAAAACUUCGACAGCGAGAUAAUGGCAAGGAUAAGACAAAGAUGGAGGAGGAAUAUGACAAAAUCAGCUCUAUGCUGGAAGAUAGAAAAUCGUUUUCUGUUGGCGGGGGUGAUGAGAAUAGGAUAAAAAACAGAAACGAUCUCGUCAUACCAUACGACAGAAAUCGCGUUAUACUGACACCGGUACCAGGACGCGAACACAGCACUUAUAUAAACGCCUCGUUCAUCGAGGGAUACGACAAUUCCGAAUCAUUUAUCGUAACUCAGGACCCGCUAGAAUCUACUAUACCUGAUUUCUGGCGAAUGAUCUCCGAACAGUGCGCAUCGACGAUAGUCAUGCUGUCCGACCUCAGCGACGGACCCCGCAAAUGUCCACGAUACUGGUCUGACGACGAGGUGGCGUACGAUCACAUAAGGGUGAGGUACAUACAGAGCGAGAGUUGUCCGUACUACACAAGACGAGAGCUUUGUUUAAUUAAUGAAAAAACGGACGAGAACAUGAUCGUGACGCAGUACCAUUACCAUGGAUGGCCUACCGUCGAAGGGGAGGUACCUGAGGUCACGAGAGGCUUGAUCGAAUUGGUCGAUCAGACAAUAUCUAACGAUGUAGAAUCCGGAGGUCCGUUGGUCGUUCAUUGCCACUGCGGAUCUGACAGAAGCUCGAUGUUUGUCGCCCUUAGCAUUUUAGUACAACAAUUACGAACGGAAAGAAGGGUGGAUAUUUUUACAACGACGAAAAAGCUGCGCUCUCAAAGACAUGGAAUGAUCGGCUCAUUUGCUCAGUACGAGUUCCUGCAUCGAGCGAUCGUCAACUACUCGGACCUUCACAAUCUCGGGGAAGACGAGGCAGCAUCUUAAUGAAGAUAGAUCUGAGGCCUAGAAGAGUUAGAUCGUGAAGAUGUGUGCAACGGAUUAAUUGUGGAUCCGUUCAUAACGUUUGUUAGAUUAUUAUUAUUAUUUUUUUUCUUUUUUUUUUUUCUUUUUUUUUCUACAAUGAGUGACUUAACUAUUUUUCUUCCAAAGGAAAAUGAUAGUUGCAACUAGAAGAUUCUCAGUGAUUUGGUGAAAAAGAAACAUAAAGAAAGAAUAAUGAUAAAUCAGAAUAUUUAAAACAUUUUGACCAAGUGUAAUCUAACAAUUAUAAACAAUAACGGCGCCAUCGCUCUUAGCGAUUUGCAAUUUUCGUCGCAUUGGUAUAACCAAAGAAAUCAAGAUACAAGACAAAACAAACAAUAUGAAUAAAAGAUUAUUAUUAUUAUUAUUGGAUCGUGCGAAGGUAUCAAUUUAAUAAUAAAAACCUACUCUAACCGAUCGCCAAUGUUACAUAUCGCAAUUUAGAUUCAUCUUCCUUCCUCUACCACUAAAUAUCAAAAUAAUUUCAAUAAUAUUUAGAGCGUCUUGCAUAAAAUCGAGAUUCAAUCACUCCACGUUUUCUGUUCUCAUUCUUCAAUCUCUGUUGUAUCAAUUUUUGUAAUUUUCGUCUUGCUCUUUCCGACUUCUUCGUAAAGAAAUAUUGAGAAGCAGAUUCUUACGCGUGUGUAACUUGAAACGAUGGUUAGGUAGAAAAAAAACAAAUGUUGAUCAACAAAUCUAAAACCUGGCCCAGUAUUCUUCGUUACAUUUCCAUUAACGUGUAUUAACUAUCGUAGAGAGUAGAAAAAACGCGAUACUCCUACGAUUAACAGCGUAAUAUGAAUAACGAGAUUUUUUAUGUAUAGAUAUAAAAAAAAAUAUGUAUGUAUAUUAUA